AUGGAACUGCUUUUGAUGUUGUUUAUGUGUGGCCUAGCCACUUCAGGACGGGUACCGGGGCGGGAGUGUUUUACCAUCGGAGGGAUCCAGCUCUGCACACUUCCAGAUAUUGCAGAAGAUUACCACUACACGUCAGCCGAAAUAGAUGACAAAAAUAAGGUACCGGGGCGGGAGUGUUUUACCAUCGGAGGGAUAAAGCUCUGCACACUUCCAGAUAUUGCAGAAGAUUACCACUACACGUCAGCCGAAAUAGAUGACAAAAAUAAGAUCAGACCCGGCCCAAAAGCUUCUACGAUGAAAGUACCCCGUGUGAAGCCUGGCUCAAAAGCUUCAAAAUCUAAGGCAGCCCGUGUCAAAUCCAGGUCAAGAUCUUCAAAGUCGAAUACAGGCUGUAAGUUCCUCUGUUCCAGGCAAAUUUUAAAA